AACAGUGCCCUCUCAAUUCUGAUACCACGAGCCGCCCUUCAGACUAAUCGAUACCACCCAACCUUUUUCAUGCAAGAUGUUAUGUCCAUAUUCCUGGUGGAUGGCGUGCUCUUUAAGGUGCAUCGAUACUUUCUACAGCGAGAAUCCGAUGUGUUUCGGUCUAUGUUCUCUUGUCCUCCUACAGAAGAAGGCCCAGAAGGAGAGUCAGAUGACAAGCCUAUUUUCCUACCGGAAGUAACUCGUUUGGAAUUCGAAAGCCUUUUGAAUUUCUUCUAUAAUAGUUUGUACGGCAAACCGCUUGAUUCUCUGGACGAAUGGAUCUCUCUAUUGUCCAUCUCCUCCCGCUACAGCAUGGACGGGAUUCGUGAGCGAGCUAUCGAAGAGAUAGAGAAAUCCAUACCCCCUAUGCUCCCUGUUUCUCAGAUUGUUCUAGCAAAAAAACAUCAUGUCAAGACAUGGCUUGCUCCUGCAUACGAAGCACUGUGCACACGUAAAGAAUCGCUGACUGUAGCUGAGGCAGAGCAGCUGGGUUUAGUGACGUCAAUUCUUCUUGCAGGGGCUCGAGAAAAGCUGUUCGACAAGGAACUUUGCCCAAAAUGUAGGUCACGUCCCACACGUUGUUCAAAGGCAGAACUCGUCAGGGAGGUAUUUUCUCUCUAA